AGAAGCAAGAGACAGGAUAGGGUCUGUUACCUCACUGCUAAUUUCCCUAGCAAAUAAACCAGCAGCUGCUGGUCCAUGAACCAAGUUGCCACCAGGAACAGGGCACUGUAUGCAUGGGACAGGAUGCUUUCAUGGAGUCCUUCAGCAACACGGUUGGGGGCUUUCAGUGCAAAAUAUACCUCCUUCUCUUAGCAGGUGCUUGCUCGGGGCUGAAAGUGACGGUGCCCUCACACACCGUUCAUGGCAUCAGGGGUCAGGCCCUCUACCUCCCCGUGCAUUAUGGAUUCCACACACCAGCAUCAGACAUCCAGAUCAUAUGGCUGUUUGAGAGACCCCACACGAUGCCCAAAUACUUACUGGGCUCUGUGAACAAGUCUGUGGUUCCCGACUUGGAAUACCAACACAAGUUCACCAUGAUGCCACCCAACGCAUCUCUGCUCAUCAACCCAUUGCAGUUCACUGAUGAAGGCAAUUACAUCGUGAAAGUCAACAUUCAGGGAAAUGGAACUCUCUCAGCUAGUCAGAAGAUCCAAGUGACCGUUGAUGAUCCUGUAACAAAACCAGUGGUGCGGACCCAGCCUUCCUCUGGAGCUGUGGAGUAUGUGGGGAACAUGACCCUGACAUGCCUUGUGGAGGGGGGCACCCGGCUGGUUUACCAGUGGCUAAAAAAUGAAAGGCCUGUCCACACCAGCUCCACUACCUCAUUUUCUCUGCAAAACAGUACCCUUCAUAUUGCUCCAGUGACCAAAGAAGAUAUUGGGAAUUACAGUUGCCUGGUGAAGAAUCCUGUCAGUGAAAUGGAAAGUGACAUCAUUAUGCCUACCAUAUACUAUGGACCUUAUGGACUUCGAGUUAAUUCUGACAAAGGGCUAAAAGUAGGGGAAGUGUUCACUGUUGACAUUGGAGAGGCCAUCUUAUUUUAUUGUUCUGCUGAUUCUUAUCCCCCCAAUACCUAUUCUUGGAUCCGGAGGACUGACAAUACAACAUAUGUCAUUAAGCACGGGCCUCGCUUGGAAGUUGCAUCUGAGAAGGUAGCCCAGAAGACAACUGACUAUAUGUGCUGUGCUUACAACAAUGUAACUGGACGGCGAGAUGAAGCUCAUUUCACAGUCAUCAUCACUUCUGUAGGACUGGAGAAGCUUGCACAAAAAGGGAAAUCAUUGUCUCCUUUAGCAAGUAUAACUGGAAUAUCACUCUUUUUGAUUAUAUCCAUGUGUCUUAUCUUCCUGUGGAAAAAAUAUCAACCCUACAAAGUUAUAAAACAGAAGCUAGAAGGCAGGCCAGAAACAGAAUACAGGAAAGCUCAAACAUUUUCAGGCCAUGAAGAUGCUCUGGAUGACUUCGGAAUAUAUGAAUUUGUUGCUUUUCCAGAUGCUUCUGGUGUUCCCAGGAUGCCAAGUAGGUCUGUUUCAGCCUCUGAUGGUGUAUCAGGACAAGAUUUGCACAGUACAAUUUACGAAGUCAUUCAGCACAUCCCUGCCCAACAGCACGACUGUCCAGAGUACUGAAAGGAAUGAAAAAAUUUAAGGUUCUUCUACCUGUGGAACUGGAACUCUGUAGAAUAUUUUACAUAUCUUGUAACAUCUCUUUGCCAGGUGAGCACUCAUGGGUAAACCAGUGCAUUGGAGUGAAAUAAUGAAGGAACAUUUUGAGGAAAAACAGUGGAAAUGUAUAUUCAUCUGGAAUCAGUGAAGAAAUCAAGCCCAAUACCUCUUGCUCAUUACUCCUUUUAAAUGCAGAAUGGAGUCAUUUAUAAAAAUUAUACUGAAGGUUUUCCAGCAUACACACAAUGCAUUGUGCUGUAGAGGAAGACGGUAGGGAAAUAGUGGACAGUCUUUAUCAUAGUGACUAAGAGGAAGAAAAAGAAGGGACUUUCCAAUUACUCUUUUCAUAUCAAGUCUCUCUAACAAGCUCAAUUAGUUCUAAUCUAUACUUUCACUUUCAUCAACAUUGCAUAUCCUAUCUAAUUUACGAAUGUGGAAACUUUAUAUUUGUAAAAAUUUCCAGCAGGUUUUGUUUUAUUAAUUCUCAUUACUAUUAAAUUAUUGUACUAAUUUUUAAAAUUUUAUUCCCAAACUUCCUUCCUGGUAUUUGUACCACACAAUAAGGGUGGCUGUCACAACAGCAAGAUUGCCUUCUAGACUGUCAAUUACCAUUGGCUUUAUGAAAAGACAUAAAACACUGAAGGAAAUGACAUACUAAAGUUUCAUUUUUAUUUUUGUUCAAGGACAGAUGGAUUCAAAUAAAUUAUUUUGGUUUUGCUUUUAUAUGUCCUCGACUCUUUGUCUUAUAGGGAAAAUUUUUACAUAAAAUAUUGUACAGUUAGAUUUUUUUUAUCCUUAUUUGUCAGUGUGCAAUUAAAGUGCAGACUAUAGAGAAAUAAGAAUCUUCCUCUUGCAUGGCUAAUUUUUUUUCAGGUGUGGAAUUUUUACUUGAUUGAAUUGCUGAUUCUAGGAAAGGUCUCCCUCCUUGUAUAUUGCUGUAUUUAAAAAAUCAGUUAAGAGACCAUAGUAGAAUUAGAAAGUACCAUUUUACAACCUCCAAGUGAAAUUACUGAUUCAGAUCACAAUCAUCAUUAGCUAAGACUGCUGGAUAAAUGGCAACAGAUAAAACUAGAUGACCAAAGAUCAGGUUGCAGAAACUCUGUGAAGGAAAAGUAGUCUGAGACCUAGAGAGAAGCAGGUGUAUGAAGGAGCACAAGGCAACUGCGCAGGACACAGGAGGCCCAGGAAGUGGGCACAGAAUGGUCAUCUGAGUGUUGUAGAUCUUGAAGAUGAAAGAUGAAUAUUUGUGUUUAAUGACAUUGACUACAAACAGUCUGACCUGACAGUAUCACACUUUAAGAUUUCAUUUUAGCCAAAUAAAGGUAGAAACAACCCAAAUAUUCAACAAUAGAACUUUAAAUGACAUUACAUCCAAACACUCCAACUAUUUUUUUUUAGAUUUUAUUUAUUUAUUUGACAGACAGAGAUCACAAG